CUGGUACUAAAUAUGGCUGCGGAACUAACAGAAUGGCCCGAGAUCCAAAAGGUUGAGAGCGAGAAGCGGCGCGAGCUGGUGUUGCAGGGUCUGGAUGAGAAGCUCCGCAAGAGCGAUGGGCAGCUCCCCCAGCGUUUAUUUAACCUGACCCUCCUCAACUACCUGGAGGUGAGCGGCUGUUCAGAGCUGCGGGAAAUCCAGGCAGGGUUGGGCCUUUUGAUUAACCUGCAAAGCCUGGUGCUGUGCCGCAAUAAGCUAAGAAGCCUUUCCCCAGCUCUGUGCUCGCUGCGCGCCCUGAAGCUACUUGAUGUGUCCGGGAACGAGCUGGAGGAGCUGCCGGCUGAGCUGUGUCAGCUGUCCGAGCUCUGCACAUUAAAUAUCAGCUGGAACCGUCUGCGGGAGCUGCCCCAAGGCCUGGAGCGCUGCACUAAACUAGCCGUACUGAAUAUGUCCCGCAACCUCAUCACCGCAUUCCCCCAGGGGCUCCUGUGCCCCCAACUCGCUCUACUGGCGACCAUCUCUGCUGCAGACAACCAUAUCCAGGAGCUGGGAGUGGAGAUCAGCCACCUGACGGGGCUCAAGACUAUUGACCUUUCUAACAACCAACUCACUGAAAUCCCAUGUGAACUUGCAGAUUGCUCAAAGCUUAAAGAAAUCAACUUCAAAGGCAAUAAGCUGAAAGAUAAACGCCUGGAAAAAAUGGUCAACGGUUGCCAGACAAAAUCUGUACUGGAGUAUCUACGAGUUGGUGGCCGUGGGGGCGGUAAAGGUAAGGCAAAGACAGAAAACUCGGCAAAAGAGGAAAUGAAAGACAAAAAGAAAAAGAAGGAAAGAAAACCGAAAGGUUCCGGAGGUCGAGAUGAUGAGGAAGAGGUAGAAGAGGUGGAUAAAAUGAUGCUUAAAAUCCUUCACAUUUCCGAGAACCCAGCUCCACUCACUGUUAAAGUGAGCACCACUGUAAAAGAUGUACGUCCGUAUAUAGUGUGCUGUGUGGUGAAAGGAAUGAACAUGAAACCAGGAAACUCGCUGAAAAGGUUUUUAAUGGCGCAGACCAAAAUGCACGACGAUCUCUGUGAGAAAAGGACUUUAGCAACUAUUGCCACCCAUGACUUGCGCACGGUGAGAGGACCUUUGUCGUAUGACGCCCGCCCUCCUAACGAAUUUAAGGUGGUACCAUUGGGUCGCAAUGAGAUAAAGGCAAAUGAACUUGUUCGGCAACUUCAGUUUGAGGCAGAGGAGCAAAGGAAACAGAAAAAACGUCAAAAUGUGUCUGGCCUACACAAGUAUCUCCAUUUAUUGGAUGGCAAAGAAAACUACCCCUGCUUAAUAGACGCUGAGAAUAUCGUCAUCUCCUUCCCACCAAUUACCAACAGUGAAAAGACAAAGAUCCGUAAAACCACUCAGAAUUUGCUUCUAGAAGUAACCAGUUCUGUUAGCCUGCAGACCUGCAAGGAUGUCAUGGACGCACUUAUUAUAAAAAUGGCUGAACUCAACAAGUUCACAAUGGAAAACAAGGAGCCAGAAAUACUUUCAGACUCAGAGCUUGAAAUAGAAAGUAAUCUGCAAGAACCUACAGCAAAUCAAAACCCUGAAACAGAGACUGGUUCUCAACUAAUUUUAGAGCAAGUGCGUGUUACAGAUGCUGAAGGAAAUCUAAAAGUUGUAUAUCCCUCUAAAACUGACCUGCAGAUGAAUUUGUCAACUUGCAUAAUUGUGCGUUGAUUGCAAAGCCCUGCCCAUGAAGGAUUACACGAGCUUUUCUCAUUAUGGUUAAAUAGCACUUCCAUUGUUUAGUUUAAAAAUAUUUAUUUUCUUACUGUUUUAUGUGAGUCCUGUUGCUGCUUUUUAUUUUCAUAAUAUGUGUAAAUGCUCAGAAUGUUUCCUUAAUUGUUCCAAAAAUAAAUUUUUGGACAAUAAAUUUAAGAACCUCUUUGUAAAAGUC